UUAAAAUGGCAUUUGCAAGCUCAAUACAAAAAGGUCAAAUUCCAGUUGGAUGUCAGUUAUGUGAAGAUGGAAAUAAGAUUCAAUGGAAAUGUAACACAUGUGACUUGCUCAUGUGUAAUAAGUGUAAGGAUGGAGUUCAUCUAAAGAUUGCCAAGGACCAUAGAAUUCUUAACAUUAUCAAAAUUGGACAACAGGAGGUGUCAAAGGACACAAUUAUAUUCAGUGAAGUCAAAUGUGCCGAACAUUCUAACCAAGUGUGCUGUCUGUACUGUAAUUCUUGUAAUAAACUUGUCUGUCCAAAGUGUAUUACUCAAGUUCAUAAUGGACAUGAGUUAAUUGAAGAAGAAGACUAUAAUAAAGGCAAAGUAGAACUGAAGCCCAAACAGAAUUGUGAAAUUAAAAUAGAAAUAUCCAAAGUUUAUACAACAGAUCUUACCUCUAUUCACCUUAUAGCAGUAUGUUCUGAUGGUUCUAUGUGGAUGGGGGAUAAUGAAAGAUUACAGUUACAACAUGUCAAACUUAUGGAGAAUAGAACUGAAGUUAUAACAAGUAUAAACACUAAGAUUUAUGGAAUAGCAAAAACUCAAUCAAAUACCAUUCUUGUUACAACAGGUGGGACUAAACUCCAAUUAAUUAACACCGUGACAGGGGAGAUAACAGAUUCCAAGUAUGACGUAAAACCAUUGAAACCAAUUGGUAUGUAUGUGACCAGUGAUCACAGAGUCAUUAUAGGAGCAUGGUCUGGAGGAAAUGCAUUCCCUGUCAAAGGAAGACGUGUAGUGGUGGUAAUGGAUCAGGAAGGAAAACAACUUAAGGAAUAUGAAUAUGACAAUCAUAAGAAACAAUUAUUUACCUACCCUGCACGGGUAUCCUGUACCAGUAAUGGUAAUCUCUGUGUGGUGAAUUAUUUAGAUAGUGAAGGCAGAGGUAUAGUGAUUGUAUUAUCACCAGGAGGAGACAUUCUAGGAACUUACACUGGUCAUCCUGAUGUCAACACAGAAAAGGAUCCAUUUAAACCUUGUGGAAUAGUAACAACACCGUCAGAUAAAAUAGUUGUUACUGAUGUGAAAAAUCAUUUAUUGCAUAUACUGACUGACCAAGGACAAAUUAUUACCCACUACAAUCUCCAUGACAUAGGCAUCUUAGGUCCGUUCUCCCUUGCUCUGUCUACAACAGGAACUUUCUAUAUGGGAUGUACUAAUAAAAAAGGAACUCCUGACACUUCAAAGGCCAAACUUUAUGAAUUUAAGUAUUCUGGAUUUGAGUAACUAUCCUUGUCAAUAUAACAAUAGGCUCUCAAGAGCCUGAAUCACUAACCUGUAAUUUUUUGUUUAAACAGUUCAUCAUUAAAAUCGAAAGAGGGAGGUAUAUUGGGAUUAAAGCUGAAGACAGAAAGUGUAAGCUAUGUAAGAAAGCAGUUGAAGACGAACUACAUUUCCUUUUAAAAUGUCCUGUUCUAAAAGAUACUCAAUCUCAACAUCUAUCAAAUUUAAAUUCCAAAAAAAAUUCAAAAAUUUUUCAAGAUUAUCUGAUGAAAUGAAAUUUGUUUGGAUUCUUUCAUCUGAAGAUUUGUUUGUAACUUCAAACUUAUCUUAUUUAUUGCACUUCCUUUUUGAAGAAUGAAAGAAAAUUAUAGAAAAUGUUGUUGUUUGAAAAAAAAAAAAAAGAAGAAAAAAAUAUAAAGAUAUAUAUAGGAAAUAAAAUUGAUCAGGAGUUGUCUCCCAUAGACCUAGUACUAUAAAGAAUUAUGUAAUUUCUCCAGGUCAUAGUGGCACCCAUAACAACUAUGUUUUGUCAAUAACUUGGUUUAUAUCAGGUUAAUUAGUGUAAAUGUGUAUUCAUGUGUUUUUUUGUUUUUUUGUUUUUUUGUUGUCUAAAUGUAUUUUUAAAAUCAUUCUAAUC